AUGGAACCAUCUUCAUUAAAUUCUAUUGAGCAGACCUCCAAUAGUUCCUUUAUAAAAAAACUAAAAUCAACUGGCCGUAGUUUAGUAGUAUUUUAUGGAAGCCAAACAGGGACUGCAGAAGAAUUUGCUGGAAGAAUAGCCAAAGAAGGGGCUAGAUAUAAAAUGAAAGGAAUGGUAGCCGAUCCUGAAGAAUGUGAUAUGGUAAAUAUAAGUUUAAAUAAUUGWGUUAAUGUUYAGCAAAUACUUAUGUUUAUGUUAAUGAAAGAAUGA